AUGCCAGGCUUCAAACCUGACGGUGGAUCAGAAGAAGACACUGCUGCCAUGGAAGAAGAAAAGAACAAGACAGAAAAGAAGAAGGGGUCAUUUGGAAUGCUUUGGGAAGCCACUCUGUUGGCUGAUUUUCAGGAGUUUGUGUCAAAGAUUCUUUUUGCCCAUUAUUCUGCUCCAGAAAGCAAGCUUAGCAACCAACAAAUCAAGAGCCAGACAUGCCCAUCUAAACUUCCACCUCAAGUAUCUCAGGAAGGGCUGAGGAAUUACAUCCACUCCCAUCUCAACGACAAUUUGGAUCCUAGUUUUCAAACAGAAGAUAAUGGAGAAUCUGUCAACUUUGAGCAUGAUGAUGACCACGAGGAGGAAUUGGCAGAGCUUUCCAUAGAGUCAGAAGCGAGGAACAAUCCGAAUGGGUCCUUUGUAAUGGAUCUUGAUGUAGGAUCCCAGUAUGGGGCUAACUAUCUUCCUAAUGAUAUUACAUUGCCAACUAUUAAUUUUGAAGUGGAUGAUCCACAUGUGACGGGUCCCAACGGUGAGAAUAUCCCCUUGCCCCAUCCAAUCAACCCCUUCAAGUUCAGACCAGAUCCCCAAGACAAACCUGAUUUAGUGGAGACCACUGUGACCAUCCUCGUUGACAAACGCAACAUACAACAAUUAAGCAGACCUAGAGCAACGCCAUUUCUCUUCUAUUUGAUGGAUUUGCCCCAGAGAUGGCCUGAUAAGUCUGUAGUAAUCAAGUGA